AUGGCUAGCCCUAAUGUUCUUACCUUUGAUGCUGAGGGGCGUGCGGUUGACUUUGACGUGUGGGUUGACGACCUACAGCUCUUUCUUCAGUGUGACUCCAAGGACGGAGUAUCCCUUUUCGAUCACACGUCUGGUGUCUCUCCUGCACCUGCUGCCACUGCUGACAGUACGGUUCGCUCGCAGUGGACCACUCGUGAGGCUGUUGCUCGCCUUGCUGUUCAUAGUCACCUGCCGUCUGCUGAGCGCGCGCACUUUGGCCAGUACAAGACUGCUAAGUCUUUGUAUGACGCUGUCGUAGCGCGCUACUCCUCCCCUGCCACUGCUGCCCUCAGUCGCCUCAUGCCGCCGUACCUGUUCCCUGACCUUGCCGCCUUUGCCACAGUCGCUGACCUCAUUACUCACCUCCGCACUAGUGACGCCCGCUACCGCGCUGCGCUUCCCACUGAGUUCUGUGCCAAGAACCCCCCCUCCAUGUACAUCACCCUCUACUACCUAGUCACCCGUCUCCCUGGCUCCCUUUCUUCAGUCAGGGACCACUUUCUCUCCCUUUACCCCACCGAGCUCACCAUCGACCUGCUAGAGGAGCGCCUCACUGCAGCUGAGAAGAGUAUCGUUUGCUGUAGCUUUGAGGAGGUCGGGGCUGCGUCUGCUCCUAGUGGGAGGCGCCGCAACAGCAAGGGCAAGGGGGGCAAGGGUGGUGGAGGGGACGGUGGGGGCGGCGGUGGAGGCGGUGGAGGAGGCGGAGGGGGUGGCGGUGGAGGUGGGGGUGGUGGCGGGAGUAGGGGCGUCGGUGGCGGCGGUGGGGGUGGUGGAGGCAGCGGCAGCGGCGGUGGAGGCAGCGGCAGCGGUGGUGGAGGUGGCGGCGGCGGUGGUGUUGGUCGAGGUGGAGCCGCGCAGCGUGGAGGCUUUGGUGGUACGAGUGAGUCUGCUGCUCCAGGUGCUGGUGAGUCUGCUCUCUUUGGUACUGCACCUACAAAGGCCUUCCACACUUUCACACUUGACUCCGGUGCUUCGCGCUCCUUCUUUCGCGACAGCACCACACUCACACCGCUCAGUCGGCCAGUCGCAGUCUCCCUGGCUGACCCCUCUGGGGGCCCGGUCCUUGCGCACUCCUCCACGGUUUUACCGUGUCCUGCGGCCCCGUCGGGCUUGCUGUCGGGACUCCACCUCCCCUCGUUGUCUACGAACUUGGUCAGUGGAGCUGACCUCCAGGACGUGUGGGUUGACCAGUUCACCCCUGGAGGUCAGCGGGUGACCCACUGCACUUGCUCUCGGACGGGCCGCCACCUGGCCACGUUCACCCGUCGGCCUGGGUCGAGUCUGUACACACUGACUACUGCGUCUCCUCCGGUCACUGCGUCUGGUCAGGUAGCCGCGUCUGGUCAGGUGUUUGCUGCCGCGUCCAGGUCUAGUCCGGCGUCUGCCCCCUGCUCGUGUCGUCCUCUGUCACACGAGACUCUCCUUUGGCACCACCGCCUUGGUCACCCCUCCCUGCCUCGUCUUCGAGGUAUGGCCUCCCGUACCCUUGUCUCUGGUCUCCCCCGGUCCCUCCCUCCCCUUCCUCCGGGGCCGGCCCCUACCUGUGUUCCUUGUGUUGAGGGCCGGCAACGCGCCGCUCCUCACUCUUCCGAGUUCCCUCCGACAGAGGCUCCCCUGCAUACUCUCCACAUGGACGUGUGGGGCCCAGCCCGCGUCCGUGGACAGGGUCACGAGCGUUACUUCCUGCUGGUCGUUGACGACUACUCGCGUUACACCACAGUCUUCCCCUUGCGCCGCAAGGGUGAGGUCACUGAGGUGUUGAUCGACUAG